UUGCGUAUUCCGGAUCAACGACCACUGUAUCAGCGAUUGGAAGAAUGGUCGUUCAGUUCGGAUACGAAAAUGAUGAUGGUUAGUUGCAUUCGCAACGGACAAACGUCCUCCAAUCCGACCUACUUCGUCAAAGGAGCAGUAGACCGUGUUUUGCGUCAUUGCAUUUUCGUUCGCGAUCCGUCACCCAGCCUGUCACCUCCAAAUCCAGUUUCACCCGGGCUGGCCACAUUCGAUGGACCUGAGGAAUCAUCUUCACUAUCUUCCUCCAGCCAGAACCAUCCGCUCCGCCCAGAGCAUGCAGAACUCAUUCUGAAAGAAGCUUCACAAUUAGGCCUCCUUGGAUUACGUGUUUUGGCUGUGGCUGAGGGCCCUGACCCGCAUCGACUCACUUUCCACGGUUUGGUUGGGUUGUGGGAUCCACCACGACCUGGGGUAGAUCGAUGCGUGCGUAGCCUCUUGGAGUCUGGAGUUCGGGUGCUUAUGAUCACUGGGGAUUCGGUCGAAACUGCAAAAGCGAUUGGUGAGUUAAUCUUAUUUUACUUCUAUGACCUUCUACUGAUAGGGCCCAGAAAUUACGGGAGAAGUCAUUUUCAUAUGAAAGCUCAAUAG